AUGUUAAGAAAUAAGUUCCUAUUUAUUUUUCUCGUAUUCUUAAAUAUUGUAAAUAGUAAAAAGAUUAAAAAUAUAUUAUCCUUAAAUUUUUUGAGUACAUUUAAUGAAAAUUUAAAUAAUGAUAAUUUUUUCUUUUCAUAUAAGAAAAAAAAUAAAAUAAAUAAAAAAAUAGCAAAGCAUAAAUUUGGAGAACAUUUCAUAAGGUGUAAUAAGAGAAAUGUUAAUUUGAAUUAUAGUUAUAAAAAAAAAAAUGAUAAAGAAGGGAAAAUCAUAUUAAGAGAAUCAGUUAGAGAGGAUUCUCAAAAGGAUAAUGAUGAUAUAAAAAAAGUGGAAAAAAAUUAUACUCCUGAGAGAAUAGAAGAAUUAAAUAAAGAGGAUUUAUCAGUUAAUAAACAAGAAAAUGAACAUAGUCUACUAAAUUAUAAUAAUAAAAAUGAAUUAGAAAAAGAGAUAAUUUCAGAGAAAAUUGAAAAUCAAAAAAAUGAAAUUAUAAAAAAAUCAAAGUUACCAAUAAUAGGAACACAGUUAAAACCUUCAGGUGGUUUUACAAAAGAACUUUUAAAUAUAAUUAGAGAAAGUAAUGAUUAUAUUAAUGUUAUAAAUCAAGAAAUUAUUAAAGAUAAGGUAAAUAAGAAAUUAAGUGGUAAUGAUUUAUCAUACUUUGAUAAUGAAGAAACUUUGGAAGAACAUGAAUUUAAUUAUUUAAAUAAAAUAUAUGAUAAUAAUCAUGUUCUUAAUAUGUAUAAUUUUCUUUUAGUAUGGAAAAAAAAAAAAAAUAUUGAUUUAUCUGUUUUUGUCUCAAAAAUUACAGAAAAUUCAAAUAUUAUGCCAGGGGAGAGAACGGUAAUAAAAUUUUCUGAAAUUGAGAAGGUUCAAUAUUUAAAAAAAAUUAAAAAAAAUAGAAAUGUUUGUAUAGCUAUGAUUUUUGUUGAUAAUAAAAACAACAAUAAUGAUGAAUCUGUUAUUAAUCACAAUAUGUUUCCUAUUGGCAUAAUGGCUCACCCAUUGGAUAUUUCUUUAUUGGACAAAAGUGGUGAAAUAUCAGUAUUAAAUUUAUUUAGAUUUAAAAUAAAUAAUUAUAAUGUUACUGAAAAUGAUUUUCUUGUAAAUUGUGAUCUAUUUAUAGACAAUAUGCAAAAACUUAAUAAUUUUGAAUUAACUCAAGAAAAUAAAAAAAUCAUUAUGAAUUUAUAUGAUAAAAUUUUAGAUCUUAAAAUAAAAUACAACGAAAAAAUUGGUAAAACUCAUGAAAACGAAAAAUUGAAAUAUUUAGAAAAAAUAACAGAUAGAAUUGAUGAAUAUGUUAAUGUUUUAAGUACUAAUAAAUCAAUUGAUUUUAGAUCUAAUAAGUUAAAUUUUUUUACAUCAUUAUAUUUGGAAUAUUUUUCUUUUUUAUCCUUAGAUAUUCACGCAAAUAUACAAACCAAAUUACAAAUGAUGUACACAGAUAAUACAGAAUUACGCUUGCACAAUGUAAAAACAUUUUUGAUGCAAAUAUAUGAUGAUUUAAAAUAUAAAUUAAAAGUUUACUGA